AUGUACAGACGGUCCGCAUGGUUCGGCGGCGGCAGCAAAUACGUCGUUAUACUCGCAGCGAACCAAGGUGGAGGUGUUAUGGAAUGGAAAGGUCCCCGCGAAUGGGCUAUCGAACGCGACAGCGUCAAGAAUAAGAAGAAGUACACAAGGAAUUGGGGCUACGAAUUGGAGAUCGUAGACAUGAGCACCAAGAAGCGUUAUGCGCACGAGUGGAGAGAAAGUUGGGAGAAGGUUGACACCAUUCGCAACGCCAUGCGCAAGUACCCGCAUGCUGAAUGGUUCUGGUGGCUUGAUACGAACACGUUCAUUAUGGAGCCGACAUACUCCCUUCAGAAGCAUGUCUUCAAGCAGCUACAAGACGUGACAUAUCGCGACAUCAACGUUUACAACCCCCUCAACAUCACCCAUCCUCUGACCGACGAAUACCUCGACCCCGAGACACGCUCACCAGUGGGAGACGGCAAGGUCGACUCUGUCAACAUGCUCUUACCCCAAGACUGUGGCGGUUUCAAUCUGGGCUCAUUCAUGGUGCGAAGAAGCGCGUGGACCGACAGGCUGCUUGACAUCUGGUGGGACCCUGUCGGCUACGAACAAAAACAUAUGGAGUGGGAGCACAAGGAGCAGGACGCUUUUGAGUACAUGUACCAGAACCAGCCCUGGAUCAGGCCUCACGUCGCCUUUAUCCAGCAACGCCAAAUCAUGAGUUUCCCACCAGGCGCAUGCGGUGAGAAUGGCGACAACCCCGAUAUCCACUACCAAGAGCAAGAUCGCGACUUUAUGGUCAACAUGGCUGGCUGCGAAUGGGGUCGCGACUGCUGGGCUGAGAUGUACAAAUAUCGUCAACUCAGUAACCACCUGAAUCGCACACCCUGGGAGAAGUUCAAGGACGGCAUUUCGGACUUCUUUAAGAGUAGGACCAAGAAGGAGGAGAAGAAAGAAGAGAAGAAGAACUAG